AUGACCAAGCGCGUCUGCCAGCGCGCCACGUCGUUGAGCCUGCCAUGCGUCGUUCUCCAUGGUCUCCUCCACAUGCUGGACGAUGCGUGCGACGUGGUUGCCUUCCUUAAAGCGCUGCCGGUGUCGACGCUGCCACCCGAGCUCAUCGCGCUCCGCGACCUCGGCGAUGUCGUCGACCUCAACGAGCACUGGCCGGAGGUGCAUGUGGUAGACGUGCCGAUCGAAUGUGCUCGCCUCGCCAUCGACGCGCUGCCAGCAUUCACCAGUGUCAAAGUGGACGCUGGCUUUGCCGCUCUUGCGUGGCUCGGCGCUACGCUGCCACCGACGAUGCCAGUAUCGCUCGUCGUGAACGUGUCCGUCCCUGGCAACCAUGCCGCCUUGGCAUACUUCUGGGGCACCAACGUCGUCAAAGCGACUGUCACAGGACCCGAGUUCGGCCUCGGAACGAUUCCCGACAUCCUUGCGCGCUGCGUCCGUCUUCAGUAUGUGACGAUCGAGGGUCCAGUGACUGCCGCGAACUUGGCGGCGAUUCCGACUGCGAGCUUGCGUACGCUCAAGGCGACGGCCCCAGGACAGCCCAUGGUCGACGUCACGGCCAUCAUCGCGUGGCUACAAGGACGUAGCGCCACAUCACUUUCGCUCGACUGCGACUCUGUGACGGACCCAGUAGCGCUCGCCAGUGCGAUCCACGCGAGCUCGACGCUCCAUUCGCUGAGCUUUACGAGCGCACUUGACGUCCAAGAAGCUUUGGUGGCGUCGCCGCACACCUUACACCACAUCACGGCGCUGUCGGUGCAC